GUAAAUUAUCAUAAUUUUUUUCUUGACUCUUUUAGUAGAUUAAAAAAACAAGACAAGAGAAAAUGGACUGUGAUAGAUCUAAUAUCACAGUUUUGAUUGUGGAUAAUGAUGAUUUUUCAUUGGAAUAUCUUGCUAAUAUACUCAUGGCAUUGCAAUAUCGAGUUCAAAGUGCCAAGACUGCUCAUCAAGCUUUGGUGACUCUCCAAGACCCUGAAGGCUGGUUUGAUCUUAUAAUUACAGAGUUAUCAAUCUUAGGAAUGAAUUAUGGCUUUGAUUUUUUGAAGCUUAUUAAAAAUCAAUUCCAUAUACCUGUAAUAAUGAUGUCCAAAGAAAACAAUGUGAGUUUAAUCUCCAAGGCUCUAGAAAAUGGAGCUGCACAAUAUAUUGCAAAACCCUUUUCUGCAGAAGAUUUCAAAGAUAUUUGGAAACAUGUUUUGGAUGCAAAAAAAGAGAAACUUUUUGUUGAAAGUUUAUUUGUAAAAAAUGAAGAGCAAGAGACACUGAGUCAUGAAACUAAGACAAAAAAGAAAGCUUGCAAGAGAAAGUGUAGUGAUGAAUAUCAAGAAAAAGAAGAAUCUCAAGUCGUUAAGAAACCAAAACUUGUUUGGACAACUUAUCUCCACAAUCUUUUUCUACAUGCCAUUAAGCAAAUUGGAUUGGAAAAGGCUGUACCAAAGAAAAUUUUGGAUAUGAUGAAUAUUCCAAACUUAACUAGAGAAAAUGUUGCAAGCCACCUACAGAAGUAUCGCAUAUUUCUACGCGAUGUUGCCGAGAAAGGAAUGGUUGGAGGCAUAACUCAUAGAGCUCUAAGGUCAAGAUUUGCAUCAAGUCUACCAGUGUCACUGGUCAAAGAAUUUCAAACCAUAAGGACAAAUAAACUUCGUACACCGACACCUGAAUAUUUGCAAACAUUACCGUAUCGACCAAGAGAUAAAAACAUUGCUCUUAACCCUUACAACCAAUUUCCAACACAUCGUGUUGACCAGUUUCCUUAUGUACAAAAAGGGUUAACUUUUCAAGAUUCGAACAAGGUUAGAUUUGGAAAAUCAGAACUAAAAACCGAUUUCGUGGACAAUAAUGUUCAUGAUCAAAACAUGUUUGGAGUAAACUCCUCAGGCCUUUCAUUGUUUCAAACAAAAAACUUAUUCGAUGAUGGUGCUUCAACUAGUUUCUCAUCACAUGGAAGUGGACAAGGAUUUAGGCCUUAUUCUUCAUCUUUCAUAACAAGGGAUUCCAAAUUUGGUGACAUUUGUUACCAAAAUCAUGGUUCUAUGGGAAAUGAAUCUUUUAAUCAUAUCAAUCAUGGUGUGAAAAAUCAGAACUUGGGAUCUUUGAGAAGUUCUAAUAUUUUGCCUCAAAAUGUUGCUUCUGAUGCAAGAAACGACAAAAUCCCUUUUGGAAUUCAAAUCAACAAUGAAUUAGGAACGGUUGGAAUUGGAACUAUGAAUAUAAGAAGGUUUAAUAGUGUUGGAAAAAGGGCUCAAACUACGAAUAACAAUAGUUUUGGUUUGAAUACUAAGGAUCAAAAUGAAAAUAUGAAUGAAAAUAUUGUGCAAGACGACGGUCAUACUUUCACGAACAAUUCUGAAUUCAAACGAAUGGAGUUUAACAUUUCUGAUUCCUUAAUUACUAAUGACAAAAAUCUUCUUAAUCAGCCAUAUAAAAGUGGUGAUGAUAUCUCUCCUCCAGCUGAAACCACAUCUUGUGUGUUGAAUGAGUCAUCAACAAAUUCAGAUCAAAAUUCUAAUAAGUUGCAAGUACAUGAAGGAUUUUCAAAUGGAGAACCAUAUGAUAGAUUCAUGGAAGAAAAUGUGUCUAAAACAAGUACCUCGACUAUUGAUCCAGAACUGAAUAUGGAUCUUAUUGAAACUUUGUUUGGUACCAUAGAAAACUAGAGGGAUUGAGGAAGGUGUUGUUGGGUAUCGUAGUUUAAUGCAUGUUUCAUAAAUUUUUGUGAUAAAUAUGUAGCAUUAGAAUGACAUAAACUUUACAUACAUUCAUAUAGUUUCUAGUUCUUUUAAUAUGAAUAGUAAGAAUUGGCU